UCAGACACCUGUUCGGCCCGGCCCCGCGCGGGAGCCCAGGGGCAGGAUGAAAGUGACAGUGUGCUUCGGCAGGACCGGCAUCGUGGUGCCCUGCAAGGACGGCCAGCUGCGCGUCAGCGAGCUCACCCAGCAGGCACUACAGCGGUACCUGAAGACCCGGGACCAGGAUCCUGGAUACUGGGUGAAGAUUCAUCACUUAGAAUACACUGAUGGAGGAAUUCUGGAUCCAGAUGAUAUCUUAGCAGAUGUUGUUGAAGACAAAGAUAAGCUCAUUGCUGUGUUUGAUGAACAAGAGCCACUCCAGAAGAUUGAGAGCCCCAGUGGAAACCCUGUGGAUCGGCAGAGCCCAGACGCUUUCGAGACAGAAGUGGCUGCUCAACUGGCUGCCUUCAAACCAAUCAGUGGGGAAAUCAUAGUAACCCCUUCUUCUCUGAAGUUAGGCACUCCACUGCUGGUGAGGAGAAGCAGUGACCCAGCACCAGGGCCACAUGCUGAUGCCCAGCCAAGCGCUGCAAGCCCAAGUGGUCAGAGUUUGAAACCUGUUGUUCCGAAUUCAACCCAGAACUUGGAAAACAGAGAAGUUAUGAAUGGUGAACAGACAGAGCUACUAACGUCACACGGAACUAAGGAUGCACUGAGUGAUAUGACAAGAGCGGUGGAGAUUUCUGGGGAAGGAGACCCCCUGGGAAUACAUGUGGUACCCUUCUUUUCAUCUCUGAGUGGACGGAUCCUCGGACUCUUCAUCCGAGGCAUUGAAGAAAACAGCAGGUGCAAACAGGAGGGACUGUUUCAGGAAAAUGAAUGCAUUGUAAAAAUCAACAAUGUGGAACUCCUGGACAAAACUUUUGCUCAGGCCCAGGAUGUCUUCCGCCAGGCAAUGAAAUCCCCCAGUGUGGUCCUCCAUGUGCUUCUGCCUCAAAACCGUGAGCAGUAUGAAAAAGCAGUCAUUGGACCACUGAACAUCUUUGGCAACAGUGAUGGGGCUUCAAGAACAAAGGUUCCACCUCCUACCCGUGGGAAACCAGGAUUAAAGGCAGUAACUCUGACAGGAACAAACAGUCCUGAAGCAGAUGAGUCAACUUCCCCGCAGCAAAGCAAAAGCCCCCGAGUUCCAAGAAUAGGAAGAAAAGCUUCAUCUCCCUCACUCUCCCCUCUCAUGGGGUUUGGCAGCAAGAAAAAUGCAAAAAAAAUUAAGAUUGACCUAAAGAAAGGCCCUGAAGGACUUGGUUUCACUGUAGUAACCAGAGACUCUUCUAUACAUGGUCCUGGUCCCAUUUUUGUAAAAAACAUCUUACCAAAGGGAGCAGCAAUAAAGGAUGGCCGCCUACAAUCAGGAGACAGAAUAUUGGAGGUAAAUGGCAGAGAUGUCACAGGAAGAACUCAGGAAGAGCUUGUACUCAUGCUGAGGAGCACCAAGCAGGGAGAAACAGUGUCACUGGUCAUUGCCCGCCAAGAUGGGAGCUUCCUGCCCCGAGAGCUGAAAGGAGAGCCCGACUGCUAUACACUCUCCCUGGAGACAAGCGAGCAGCUCACUUUGGAGAUCCCCCUAAAUGAUUCCGGCUCAGCUGGCCUCGGGGUUAGCUUGAAAGGGAACAAAUCCAGAGAAACUGGAACUGACUUGGGGAUUUUUAUCAAAUCUAUCAUCCACGGAGGUGCUGCUUUUAAGGAUGGCCGUCUGAGAAUGAAUGACCAACUGAUUGCUGUUAAUGGGGAAACUCUUCUGGGCAAGUCCAACCAUGAAGCCAUGGAAACACUGAGGAGAUCGAUGUCCAUGGAAGGAAACAUCCGGGGCAUGAUCCAGCUGGUGAUAAUUAGGAGGCUGGAGAGACCACUGGAGGAGCUUACAGAGUGUGGGGCACUUUCCAGACCAUGUUUUGAAAACUGUCAAGAAGCUCUGAGCCCCUCCAGGCGAAAUGAUAGUAGUGCGUCAUAUCCAUUUGGCACUUACAGUCCACAAGAUAAAAGGAAAGACCUAUUGCUUCCCAAUGAUGGGUGGGCCGAGAGUGAAGUAUCGCCAUCCCCACCACCGCAUCCUGGUCUGGAAUGGGCCCUUGAAGAUUACAGCCACAGGUUGUUUUUGGUCAUACUGUUUUAUCACAUAUAUUUUCCAGAUCAACAUGUCAAUUUCAAAUCUGUGAUACCAGCCAUGCAACCUGAAUCAAUUAACCUGAAAAUCUCCAAGAGCAUGGACCUUGUGCCAGAUGAAAGCAAAGCUCGGUCAUUGGCUGAUCGCAGAUUGGACACAUACAAACACAGAUAUGCCACAAUCAAGAAUCAGAUGGCAGACUCUCCAAGCAAUGAUUUUGGUCCGACGUUGGGUCUGAAAAAGUCCAGUUCCUUAGAGAGCCUGCAGACUGCUGUGGCUGAAGUCAGGAAGAGUGAUCUGCCCUUCCACAGGCCCAGACCACACAUGGUGCGAGGCCGGGGCUGCAACGAAAGCUUCAGAGCUGCCAUUGACAAAUCUUACGAUGGGCCAGAAGAAGUAGAAGCUGACGGUCUCUCUGAUAAGAGCUCUCAUUCUGGCCACGGAGCUCUGAAUUGUGAGUCUAUCCCUCAGGGAAACCCCGAGUUAGACGAUGUGGAAAAUAAGGCCAGGAAAGUCAAAAAAGCAAAAGAGAAAGAGAAGAAAAAGGGAAAGGGCAAGCUGAAAGUCAAGGAAAAAAAGCAGAAAGAGGAGAGUGAAGACCCAGAGAAGAAAAUGAAGAGGAAGGGAUUCGGUGCCAUGCUGAGAUUCGGAAAGAAGAAAGAUGAUAAGGGUGGAAAGGUGGAGCAGAAAGGUACCCAGAAGCCCGGGAACCUGGGAGAAGAAGAGCUGGAAAAAAUGAAAGAGGAGAAAGAAAGGAUUGGAUCAAAACAUCAGGAGCUAAGGGAAAAGCAGGCAAGAGGUCUUCUUGAUUAUGCCACUGGAGGGAUUGGAUCAGUGCAUGAUAUGGACGAUGAUGAAAUGGACCCCAAUUAUGCCAGAGUGAACCACUUUCGGGAGCCAUGCACUUCAGCAAAUGUCUUCAGAUCUCCAUCUCCCCCUCGAGCUGGACCACUUGCUUACCCUCGGGAUGGACGUCCACUGUCUCCAGACAGAGACCACUUAGAGGGCCUCUAUGCCAAGGUCAACAAGCCAUAUCAUCCUCCAGCCCUAGCUGACAGGUAAUAUUAGUGAAAGAUGAAUGCAGUUUUAUUCAGUAAGUUUCAAAUCAUCUCUACCGCUGAAGCAAAUAAAAAUGUAUCCUUCAAUCUACUAAAACUAAAAUGACAUGGUGCCCUAGACAAGUGUUCCACUUUGACCUACCAGUAAGGUAUCAGUCAUCAAAAAUAAGACAAUAGCUAAUUAUAAGGUGGCAUAGAGUACAGUGCAUGGUACAACAGGGAACAAUCUUUGCAGCAAUACAGAGAACUAAUGAUGAAGACUUUGAAAGCAUAUUGUCUUUUGUCCUAAGAGUCCUAUUGUAAGAUACUUAUUCAAGAAGAUGACAUGAAACUUGGAGGUGAAGAGUCGAAAAAUGGAAAAUGGCUUCCAAGUAGGUGUAACUGGAGUUGAAUUAUAGAUAGCUAUCAUAGUGCAGGAGGCGCUGAAAAAUAAGAUUGGGAUUUUUUAUAGUCAAGGAAAACUAAACUAUCUGGCUAUUCACUGAUGAGCAGAGGUAGAAAAUGAGAUAAUCUUGGUCCUAGGUUUCUGAUGAAGUAGAGAAAGAUAGUAUGUGACCCUGUAGGUUUAGGAGCAAGGGAAAGAGAUAUUGGGAGCCUCUGUCUGAAGCAAGUAAGCAACAAGAUGAUUCCAAUGCACAGCUUGCCCAAAGAAAAAUGUUCUGUCCGGGUAAAGGAUAGUCUAAAAGAGCUUCAGUCCAGAUACAUUGUCAGGUGACCUUGGAGUCCCACGUUCCAGGAAUGGGUUGAUGGACCUUGCUCUAAUCUGCCUGCUGCUGCUUGAAAUCAGUGGGGAGGCUAGGAAGGGGAAGGCACAAGAAGCUCUCAUUCUAGAUGCAAGAAAAAGACUCAUUUUCCAGAGUUCUUAGGGUUCUGACAACCACCAGGUCCCUAGCAGUAGCCAGCUUUUGUGUGAUAGCAUGAUAUAUUGCAUAUGUUUACCGUUUACACAUUUCCCCAGCUGGGUGAUAUUAUGCACUUUCAAUUAGGUUGGGGAGAGGAAGGGAAAUCAUGGCAUUUUUAUGCAGACUGUAAAGUGUAGCUUCACAAGACUGAUUACCUUUCAGAACCUUUCCAAUAACCAAGUGGGAAGCGAGGAGCAAUUUUUAAUCCUUACUGUCAAGCUUCCAGGUUGAUAAUAUUAAAGAAAGAUGGUCAAGUUUUUCGUUAGAACAAAAUGAAAAUAUAAAUUUCUAUGACUGGGUGAUACGGCCAUCAUAAGUAAAUUGCUAAUUCCAAGGAUUGAUUAAGAGUUGGCCUUUUUCUCUCCAGCCUUCACAUAGGGUUGAAUUUUAUCAUGUAAAUAAUAAUACUAUACUAGAGUCUAUUCUAGGCUAAAGCAUAGUCAAUCUUCCUUUCUCUAUGUCAGAAAGGGCUCCAUAGCAAUCCUCUUUGCAGAUAUCCGAUAGAACACCAGCGUGUAUGACGGUAUUUCUCAGAUCUUCCCAAGGUAGUGUUGCUCAAUGCAAAUUCCAUGGGAAUAAAUGUGAGGCAUGCUGAAAGAAGAGGCUUAUACCAAACCCUUGAGCGGAAUUCAAUCAGGUUUUUCUUUUAGUGUACUCUUCUUUUUUAAGGCCUGGUAUGGUAAUAUGUAUUGUUGGUCUCCAAGAAUACUAUACAACCAGAACUCAUUGUACCCAGAAUAUUUAUCACCUAAAGUGUAUUUUACCCAUAUUUUUAAUACUCUGGAUUGCUGUGACAAAAAUCCAUGAGAUAAACCCCAAAUAGGGAAUGUUUAUGUUUAUGUGCUGUUUUCUGGGUCCUAGGCCAUGGUCACUCAGCCAAGCUGCAAGCUGUUUUUUGGGCUCUGUAUCAUGAUGCGGACAAUGUGUUGGGGAAAGCUACUCAUCUAGUGACAGCAGGAAGCAGAGAAGGUCUGGAAGAUGACCGGGGAUGUAAUUAAUCCUUCAAUGCUGUGCCCUUUAUUAUGAACUUGACAGGAUCUAGAAUCUGGACAUAUCUAUGAGGAAGUCUCUAUAUUAGACUAAUUGAGAUAGAAAGACUCAGGCUAGAGCAGGCAUCAGCAAGUAUUUCAUGGGCCAGAAUCCCAUACUAAAUAAAAAAGGAGGAGCAAGCUGGACAAUAGUGUUUACCGCUCUGUGCUUCCUGAUAAUGUGACCAGAUGCUUUGAUUUCUGCUCUCAUACUUUCUCCAUCAUGAUAGACUGACUGCACCCUCAAACUGUUAGCCAAAAUAAACUCUUCCCCCAUUUAAGCUGCUUCUUGCCAGAUAUUUGGACACAGUGAGGGGAAGAAUAACAAAUGUCCCCCAGACCUUUACUUCCUCAAACUUGGCUCCCCUUCUGAAUAUCUAUGACCUUAUCAACAGAUUAACCUAGACAAAGUUGUCAUCUCUGUAUGACCCCUGCUAUAAACACUGCUGUACUCGGACCAAGCCUUCAAAACUGAAUCAAUAGGGGUCAUUUUAGUUCCAAACCAUAACACACAUGUGGACACAUGGCUCUAAGUUAAUUUUUACCCAUAUAGUUAGACCAGGAAAGAAAUCUCAUUUGAUAAUGUUAAAGACAACAACUGUAAAAUGCUGCCAAUUUUUUUUAUUUAUUUACUGCCAAGCCUGGACAUCUCUAUGAGUAAUGGAGUCUUAAUUUUGGCUCCAGCCUCUUUGUGUUAAUAAAUGCCCCAAAUCUGCCUUCUUCAGAGUUUUAGACAGCUGUUAAAUUUUUGGAUAGCAGAUCAAAGAAUAACUCUUUUUACCCAGAAAUGUCUUGAUUCUGCUCUUAUCUUUAAUUAUACUUAAAGUCUGUUCCGCUCCUUUUUCUUGAAGUCUUAAAGCAAGCAAUUUUGCCUUGAUGCAUAGUAAGCACUAGAUAAUGGUAGCUAUUAUCAUCAUGGUUACUGUUAUGACCACUCAUACUGUCCUAUAGCAGUGAAAUUCUGGGGCCCAUGUAUAUCUAAGCUUUUCUUUUGGCAGUAUUCCAGGCAAUGUCCCCAAGCAGACACUAUGAGUUCUAUACCUAUCACAUUUUAAAGUAAAGGGCAUAUCACUUACCCAUCCAUCUGUUCAAUCGUUCUUAAUUCAAUAAGCUUAUAUUGGGCAUCUACUAUGUUCUAGAUACUGUGAAAAGGUCCAUAGACAAUGGGAAGAUGAUCAUGAUAUAUCAAUGCGGACUAGAGGAGGUUUGUAACAAUAAAUCUUUCCACCAACCUGCCUGAGGCCCGCCACCACAUGGGUGCCUGAAAUAACACACAGAGCCUUAUAUUAAUUACAAUGCUGCUGGCCAAUGACUAGGAUUUCUUAAUCUAUAUGUUUUAUAAAGACUUAUCUUAUCGAGGAUGCUGGUGGUGUGCGUCCAUUCUUCUCCAGAUCACAUGGCAAUGACUGUUUUACUACCUUUCCCAGAAUUCUCUUCGAUUCCUAGUCCCACCUAUCUUGCUUCCCUAUUGGCCAAAACAGUACUUUAUUUAUCAACCAAUAAGACAAACAUAUACAUAGAAGGACCUCCCCCAUCAGAGGUUCUUUUCUAUUCAGUAGAAAUCCAAGACAUAUGGUAAUGGAGAGUUGUGAUAUCCUAUAAUUUCAGGUAAAAGCUUUUCUUUCUUGUUUGUGCUAUGUAGAAAAGGCCUCCUAAAGCAGGGAAUAGUGGAGCUGGUUUUGGGGGGAAUCCUUAUGCAUUAAUUAGAUACAAUAGGAUAACUGUUUUUACUUUCAAAAUAAUCAAGCAUGUACAGGGAUCAAGUUGCUAGAAAGAUCAUGCAUUUAAGGGAAUCCAGAAGUGCCCAGAACAUGGCAUGUGUGGAGGAAGGCAAGUGAAGAGAGUACAACAGUGUGCGUGAAUAGGUCACAUGCUGAUAGAUAUUGGUUGGUAGUUAACUGCCUAGAAGUCUGUGGUAAGAGCAUCCUACAGCUGUCUAACUCUGACUCCAGAAAUCUGGGUGUCAGCAUGUGUACAGUGGAGAGCAAUGUAUGUCCCACUCUUGUGGCCAGUAUCAUAAUUGUGUCCAUAAAGGUCAAAAGAAUGAAGCCUACAAAGAGAAUGUGGACACUAAAAGCCAUUGGUUAAGUUAGAGAGGACAGUAUCAGUAGCUUAGUAGGAACUGAGGAAACUUAUAGUGGGAAUUGAUGGGGAGGUGAGAAUGUAGAGAGAGAGCCUAAUGGUAAUGAGAAAGCAGAGUUGUGGGCUGGGGAAGACUGUCUUUGAAGUCGCAUCUAGGAUGGUGCUUCAGUGCUAGCUUACAAAUAGAAUGUAACAGACUAGGACUUAAUUCUAUACCUCUCUGUAUCAUAUUCUUUUCCUUAGCCCACUGUGCCACAUAGACAUACCUUCUCCCUUCCUAGUACAGUAUAAAGAAAAUAAAGUGGCUCAAUUUGGGUUCUUAACAUGUUUAAUGGUAUGUUAAACCAUGACUCCUGGAAUGGUGCUGAUCUAGGUCCAGUUCUUGUCCAGAUUACUAAUGCAUGAACUUCAAUAAAAUAACUUUCCCAAGAUGUCAUGUUUCAGCUUCAUGCAAACAAUGCAACAAAUACUUACAGAGCAUCUAGCAAGGGCCAGGACUGGUGAUCAGUCCUCAGUUCAUUGAGGAAUGUAGGGAAAUGGCACAUCCCUCUUAUAAAGGGUUGCUGUGUGAUAAAAAGAUACAUAGAUCUUAACAAAGACAGUGGUAGUUACCACAGCUGGGCUGCUGGGAAGUACAGGAGAAGGUCAAUGUGACAGGAAGUAUGGUAUGUGAGAGCAGGGCUUCUUUAACUCCACUCAUAACUCUUUGGCA